UUGUAAUAGUAAAAGGGAUUCUAAUAUGCAUGCAGAGCUUUAAGGUUUAGCAAAGUUUGAUUCAGGAAAUAUUAUGGGUUUGAUAGCAUAUCUGAUCAUCUUUGUUUCAGGUUUUAUGACCUUGUACGUUCUUUUGGCUGUUGUUAGAUUUGCUGGCAAAGUAUGGUGGAAUCCCCUCCGCGUACAGUACAAGAUGAAACUCCAGGGCAUAACAGGUCCUUCUUACAAAUUUCUUUAUGGGAAUACCAAAGAAAUCUUAGUAAUGAGAAGAAGUUCAAUGGAAAAACCUAUGGAUGAUCUGUCGCACCAUAUAUUCCCCAGGAUUCUACCUCAUGUACACUCAUGGAUGAACAACCAUGGUGCAAACUUUCUGAACUGGUAUGGUCCUCAAGCCCAACUGGUGGUGACAGAAGUGGAGCUAGUCAAAGAGAUACUGAACAACAAGGACAAUUCUUUUCCGAAAAUAGAGCUUGAAGGCUAUGCAAAGAAGCUGUUAGGAGAUGGGCUGUCAUCAAGCACUGGUGAAAAGUGGCUUAAGCUUCGGAAACUGUCAAAUCAUGUAUUCCAUGCAGAGAACUUAAAAAACAUGAUUCCAACAAUGGUCACAAGUGUCGGAAUGAUGCUGGAAAGAUGGAAAGAGCAUGAAAACAGAGAGAUUGAAGUGUUUGAAGAAUUCAGGAUCUUGACAUCAGAAGUCAUUUCCAAGACAGCGUUUGGCAGCAGUUAUUUAGAGGGUGAAGAUAUGUUUAGGAUGUUGAUGAAGUUGACCUUGAUAGUUUCCAGAAAUCUUCAUGUAGUUAGGUUUCCUCUCAUAAGUAAAAUAAUAAAAACUAAAGACGAUAAAGAGUCAGAGAAGCUUGAGCAAGGAAUUCAUGAUUGCAUUUCGAAGAUGAUAAAUAACAGAGAAAAAGAAAGUUCUGGCGUGAUGGAGAGUAAUGGAAGUGGUGAUUUUCUUGGCAGUCUGUUGGAGGCUAACAACAACAGAGAUGCGAGCAAGAGGCUACUCAUGCAAGAUAUGGUAGACGAGUGCAAAACUUUCUAUUUUGCUGGUCAUGAAACGACGACAUCGCUGCUUGGAUGGACUAUUCUUCUUCUUAGUACCAACAAACAAUGGCAAGAAAAGGCUAGAAAUGAGGUUGUUGAACUGUUUGGCCAAGCAAAUCCUACUUCAGAUGGCAUUCCCAAGCUCAAAAAUAUGAACAUGAUCAUUGAAGAAUCACUAAGGCUAUACCCUCCAGUGCCUGUGAUCAAAAGAAAGGUUGAAAGACAAGUUCAACUAGGAAACUUAAAGCUUCCGCCUCAUCUGGAGCUAUAUAUUUCACCACUAGCACUCCAUCACGAUCCUCAAAUAUGGGGAGAAGAUGUUCAUAUCUUCAAACCAGAUAGAUUUGCAAAAGGAGUUGCUAACGCUACCAAGAAUACAGCAGCAGCAUUUCUGCCAUUCGGGUUUGGCCCUCGUACUUGUGUGGGAUUAAAUUUUGCUAUUGUCGAAGCAAAGAUAGCGCUUGCAAUGAUACUUCAACGCUAUGCUUUCACAUUAUCGCCUACCUAUGUUCAUUCCCCGAUUCAGACUUUCAUGGUUCGACCUCAACAUGGUGUUCAGAUCAUUCUUCUUCCUCUCUGAAGUGCAGAAUAAAUUCAGGUUUAUCAGUGUUUUGCUGUUAAAUUUCUUCUUGCAGUGAUGUUUAAGUUUAUAGUUAAUUAUGUAAUGUAUCAAUUGUUUUGAGCCAAAACUCUACAAUUGAUGAUGAAAACUAGUUAAGAAAUCUUAAAUAAGAAAAAGAACUAAAUUCAACAUA